AUGCGCUUUGAUGACAACCGUUGGACCAGAGCCGUGAGCGACUGGGUUCCCCGCGAUAUUAAGCGCACUACAGGAAGACCGCCGACCCGAUGGUCAGAUUUCUUCACGAAGUCCUUGAAAGAAAAAUAUGAUGCUCUUCGUGUCCCACGCGAAAGGAGGAACCACUGGGCUACUCUGGCACGCGAUCGGGACAAAUGGAAGAAUUACUGGCGCCCGCUCGACCAGUUCGAAGAUCAACGGGAGUCAAGACAGCGUGUUCGGUUACUUGUUGGUGUUAUUCUAUCGCUGUCGAGAAAACAAGAUGUUGUCUAUCUCGGUUUCCGAUCCCUCGGAUGGAUUUGCGUGCGUGGUUUCACCAUGGCGAAAAUCGCAUUCGAUAUUGGUUUUCCUGAGCCCGGAGUCUGGAGCAUCUCGGAGAUUGAGCAACAAGGCGCCGCCUAUCCUCGACUAAGGGAACAACGAAGCACGAAUCAGCAAAACCAAAGCAGUGGAAUGAAAGACGAAGAGUCGCUUGACAGGCUCAUAUCAACAAUGGCGGUGUUUGGGGACCCGCCCUCAAAAAGUUGGUGUUAUUUGUUCCCACCAUUCCCUGUCAUCAUCAAAAGAUCUUGCCUUCUAAAAGAUAACACGAUAUGGGAAGAGCUGGACACAGCUUCUCAGUUCAACUCGUCUAAGUUUCCCCAUGCGAUUGAAGAUGUGUGGACAUCCAUUAUCAGCGUCGGAUUUGGACAGGACAGAUGCAGUCGAUCUCCUGGCAGAACUGUGGAACUCAUGGGAUUCUGUGGACUAGGUAACACUAUUUCUGAACCUAAGCGUGAAGGAAAAGAAGAUGCAACGACUGAGGAAAAGAAGAUGCAACAAGAUGGACUGAAAAUAAAGUACACCAAUACUUCUAUCUGGAAGAAGAAGAGAAAUCCAGUCAUUGCUUCGAAACUCCUUUUCCGAAGCUAUGAAAAACCUAAACUAAUAAGAAUCGCAAUUAGAGAAGGUCUACUCGAUUACAGAGAACUAACUGAUUUGUAG